AUGCAAAUGGAUCACUCCCGGGAGACACCCCAGUUUGUCGAGGGUAUCAAGCUGGUCAUCCAAGAAGUACAAAAGCCCCGUCCCCGGUUCCUCCAGAAUCCCGGUGCCGCCGAUUUCUACCUGCCCCAUUCUCCCUUUCAUUCUUCUCCCGAAGUCAGUGAGCCUGGUGAUGAGAGCCUCUUUGAUGACUUUUUCGACUGGACUUUGUGGAGGGAAGACCAAGUCAUCAACGCACCAUCUAGAUCCAAGUCUGACAGUCCCUCCAUGCCUGGACUCACCUCCGGCACGACUCCACCGCCAUCAGAAAAAGACGGCGCCACCUCUCCUCCACGGGAGAAGGAGGACUACUCUCAGUACAGGAGUCAGCUCAAGGAAGCCAAGAAGACUGAUGACGGGUAUACCUUUCCCCAACAGCGGGAACUCCGGCCCAAGAACAACUCGGCCUAUCAUCUUCAUAUCUCAGUCAACAAUGCACACUCGGCCGGAGCAAGCAUCAAUGGCUACAACUCCGAGAGCACAUUGCUGUCUCCACCCUCGAGUCCAAGGUCCAGCAGUGACGGAAGUCAGUUGAACAAUCCCUACCUAGCUCGCGGGAAGCGCAACGGUCCCCUCAAGAAUGGAGACGAGGUGGCAGAGGUGCGAGCGGUAGGAGCAUGCGUUUGCUGCCGAGUCCGUAAGGUCAAGUGUGACGAGAAGGAUGUCUGCGGCAAAUGUACCGAGAAAGCACCAAAGUACAAGUGCGGUUCUGGUUCCAUCCUGGGGCGCCACAUCUGCUUCCGUAAUCCAUUCGCGGAAAGCCAACUCUUAUUUCCCCAGAUUGCAAAGACAGACACGGGUCGUUUCCCAUCGCUCAUUGCGAGCCGACCGGCGCCUGGUGAUAAAGUCGGAACGCUCAAUGUAUACUUCCGGCCGGCCAUGAACGACAGCAUACCGCAGAACCCUCUGCGCUUGCAUGUCGUAAUGAAGGCCAGUAGCCUGGUACCUGGACAAGAAUUCGAUGCCAGCAACUGUAACCUGCACAUUGACCAUCAACCGAACUAUGUCGAUUUGCGUCAAUGGGCACAACAACACAUGGUCAACAUAGGAAGUACCGACUUCCAGUCCACUCUAGACAACUUUGUCCUCGAGUACACGCACACGCCAAUACGUGCGCCCGGAAAGCACGUGGCCCUGCCCAAGUGUGACCUUCUGAACAAGAUUCACGAAAUGCGAUGCUUGUACAAGAUCUGGAGUCAGAAAGAGUUUGUGUACCAGUACGAGUCUGGUGGACCCAUGCAUGUACUUGGUAAAUUGUUGCAAACCGGAUUGAGAAACCUGGCCAAGUUCGAGUUGAGGCGACUCGAACAAGAUGUCUUUGCCCUCUUGGAAAAGUCUCUUGUCAACCCCAAGCAAAAGGAUGCCUUGCAGGACGACGAUCAAAUGGCCGUCUGGGCAGCCGUGCUGCAACUCAUCCUGAUGUAUUACGACCUGUUUGGCAAGACCGUAUCAGUAAACACCAUGCCGCCAAAUCAUGCAUACUAUCGAAGCGCCCAUCAGCUGCGGAAUAUCUCAAAGAAGUUGUUCUCUGCGUUGGUUGUGAUUUGCGAGGCGUCAUUCGGCAAGAAGGAACUCGCUUUCAAAGUGGAUAGCCGCCAGGGAGAACAUCAAUGCCGCGUGAAGGAACGUAUGAACGCCGUGCUGAAACAGGUCGAGGCUCGCCGGGAUGAGUAUAUCGACAGCCUCGACCCGAAGCUCAACCAAUUGAACGUGCUCCUCUCGGUCUUGCGCCCCAAAACCACCAAAAAGGGCCAUUCCGCGAAACGCCAAAAGACAUCAAGGUAG